GCACGCCCUUCCCCCUGCCCGGAGGCUGUCAGCACAGAGUGGGAUGUGAGCUGUUCAUUGUGCCAGUGCUUCUAUAGAGCGGACGGGGAGGCAUUCGGGAUUGUCAGAAUCUCUGCACCCAGGGACUAUGGCGAGUCCGGCUGUUCCGGGAGAGCCGGGGAAUGGGGCGGCGAUGAGUGCAUCCCAGAGGAGAGCGGAGAUCCGGCGGAGGAAGUUGAUGAGUAACUCUGAGGAGAGAAUGAACCGGAUUAUGGGUAUUCACAAGCCAGGGAACAGCGAUGAACUUCGCUUUGAAAGACUUGAUAAAUCUGAUUCACUGUCCUUAUCUUCCUUGACCAAGAGAAGUGAUAUCCUUUCUGGGGAUGGAGGCCUUUCAGCAGAGCACCACUGUAGCAGUGUAGAUGGCAAGGAACCUUAUAUUGGAGACAAGAUGGACUUCUUAAAGAAUGCUGAUGUCAGAGAUGAUAGCAAUGGCGUACGAAACAGAACAGAUGUGAAUUCAGAGCCCACCUCAAGAGGAUUAGAUGAAUACUUAUCAAGGUUUGAUGAGGCCAUGAAACUUCGGAACCAGUUAAAUAGUGAGAAGCCAAGUGCAGACAAUGGGAAUGGAGUAGAUGAGUUGGACUCUUUCCGCAUAUUCAGACUAGUGGGCAGUGCGCUCCUUGCUUUUGCUGUCCGGAUGUUUGUGUGCAAGUACUUGUCAAUAUUUGCACCAUUCCUAACACUACAGCUUGCAUUUAUGGGGUUGUCAAAAUAUUUUCCAAAGGGUGAGAAGAAAGUUAAGACAACUGUACUCACUGCUGCCCUUCUUUUGUCUGGAAUUCCCUCCGAACUUAUAAAUCGUUCACUGGAUACAUAUAGCAAGAUGGCAGAUGUGUUCACUGACCUGUGUGUCUACUUGUUUACAUUCAUCUUCUGUCAUGAAUUGCUCUUAUAUUUUGGCUCUGAGAUUCCUUGAUAGCUUGUCAUAGAACAAAGGAGAGAGUUAAAAGUGUGUGCCAGGAAACAGAAUAAUUGGAAAGAGAAGUUCUUUUGAUUAUACAGUCUCCCUUUUACUGAGGGGUGGAACUUGUUACUGUCUGAGGGAUGGGACAUGUUUCCAACGAAUAGUGGAGAAUUUUUAUGCUUUCAUCCAUUUGUCAAAUGUCUUAAGAUUUUUCAGUGUAGUGUGUGUCCCCUAAGUUGGGAUAAUUAUAAAGAUCUAUCACACAGAUAUAAGAUCCAAUUGGAGUUGCAGAGAAAUUACCUUUGGUGUAUUGUACUGUUUUUAUUUUUUGCCAUUUCUUGUCAAUAUUAAGUCAUUAAGCACCAGUUAAAUAACUACAUAAACUAUAUUUUCAAGAGUUCUUCUGAUUAUUACCUGUAAAUCAAAUUGACCGUAAAAAAAGUAUCGUAAUGACCAUAUCAUACAACUGGGCCAAAUUCACUUGGUUGUCGCUAGACAUUAAAUAUUGUUAACGAGGGACAACGCAAACAUUAUUAUUUAAGCAUGAUGAAAUGAUAUAUCCAGCUAAUAAGCAGUCAACAUACCUUCCUGUCAGAGCAGUUAGUUACAGGUUUGCCUUGAACUUCAGUGAAAGAGUGGAAGACUGGCGGAUUUAGCUAAAAUUUACUAAUUUCUGAAUUUACUAUCUUUUAAUCAUGGAAGUAUUGUUCAAAGCAAGAUAGCAUAGCACCAUUUAUACUAUGUUAGUUGGUGGACAGUAGAAGCAGAAUUAAAGAUUUAGCUAUGAGCUAUACUGUGUGAGCCCUGUGUGUUGUUUUCUGGCCACUCUCAUUGAGCAGGAGGGCAGAUUUUAUCAGUACAGGUUUGGGACCUCUUAUCCAGAAUGCUUGGGACCUGAGGUAAUUUCUGCAUAAUGUAAUGUGGAUAUCCAUAGCUUCAAUCAUUUAAACAUUAAUUAAACCCAAAAGGAUUUCUUUUAUUAUAAUGGAGUCUAUGGGAUAUGACCUUCCUGUAAUUCGGAUCUUUUUGGAUAAUGGGAUACUGGAUAACGGAUCUCAUACCUGUAUGUGAUAAAGAUGGGUUUGCCUCUUCACUGUGAAUUUUUGACUGCUAUAUAUGAAGCAUGUCAGACUGUAUCAGCUUCCAGCACAGCACAGCGCAGGGAUGUUUGUUGCACUUUCUUUUGCUCUGUGGCCCCUAGACUCUUCUUAUACUUUUAAUUAGAUGUGGUCCCCAACCUUUUACAUUGUCAUGUAUCAAAUAUUUUCUGUUUGUUUUUUUUUAAUUAAGUUAUUGUCAUGCAUUUUGCGGUUUUGUAUAUAUGUAGUAAAAACUGCAGAAUUACUUCGUUAUCAUUAUUAAACUAGUUAACAGUGAACUUGA